UCUCAGUCCUGUCGGAACAUUGUUUACUGACCCGUCCAGAACCACCAACUCCAAAAACAAGCUCAGCCAGUAUUACCAAGCCACAGCAUCUAACUAAUGAAUUUCCACUUGCUCAUGCAUUGAAGUCACUGGGAGGCUAAGUGAACAUUUGAUUUAAGUGGAAAUUAGGAUUUACCGUUAAGUGAAACCCUGACCAGCAAACAUGCUUCAAACAGACUCGGAGUUUACUAAAACACGAUGGAUCUGUACAAUCAUAGGACUGGGCUUUUACCUGGUGGACAUUGUGACAGAUGUGGGACUAGCAGUGAAGUACUUCCUGGUCGGAAACCUGGUCUGGGCUGGACUGACUCUACUGUUUGUGGUGAUUGGAUCAGCAGCCUCACAGGUCUUCAGCUACACCUGGUACAGAGAUGACAUAAGGAACCCACUGUUUAAUCCUGGUGGAGACAAGCUGAUAUCUGGGAUGAACAGAGGAAGACUGAUUGGACUCCAUGUUAUGCAGAUGGGCAUCUUCACCAGGUACUACCACCUGUUGAAGGCAGGAUACAGGGCGGUGUGGUCCAAGUCACCUGGGACUGUUGAAUUCCCCAGAGAGGUCCACCUGGUCCUGUUUGGUAAGGCGACCGAUCUGAGCAUGCUCAAACUGUUUGAGACGUUCCUGGAGAGUGUUCCUCAGCUCCUCUUCCAGUUGUAUAUCCUGCUGGGCGGUGGACACAAGUCCACAAUACAAUGCAUCUGCAUGGUGGGCUCAUUCAUCAACAUCGCCUGGGCUAUAGUGGACUACCGCCGGUGUCUCCGCCGAUCCUUACCCCAGGUCCGAGAGAUGCCUUCUGGCCUCCCUACCUUCGUCUACCUCCUGUACAAGCUGUUGACCAUCACCUCUCACAUCCUCAGCCUCAGCCUCUUCCUCAUCCUCAGCCCCUACAGUACCCUGGGAAUGGCUGUCGUCUGGCUGGCUGGAACCCUCUGGGCCCAUUGGGUCCGUACUGACUUCUGCAAGUCUAAAGGUCUAGAGAGGCUCUAUCGGAUCAUUGUGGGAGUCGUCCUCAUAUUCACCUUCUUUAACGUGAACGGACAGGAUACACGUUGGCCGAUGGCUGUGUACUAUGUUCUCUUUGCGUUAGUGAACUUCUCUGGUCCCUUGCUGCUGGUUCUGGUGAGGCCAGAGUCUAACGAUACUGAGUACUUCUGGCCGGUGACUCUGCUGAUAUUUGGAGGGACCGUUCUAGGGCUGGCCUGUCUGCUCGUGUAUUAUACUGUCUACCACCCCAGAGGGAGGAGUCUACAGGCAGAUGAGGUGGAUGGACACAUGGGACAGGAGAGAGAACCAGAUACAAUGCUGAGAAUGAGGAACUUCCUACAGCUCUGAGGCUCACCUUCCUAUUUACCACAUAUUCAAUGGAGGAGUUAAAAUGACAAUCAGGCAUUUGAAAAACAACAAAGGUGUCACCCAGUCACGUUGUUUUGUUAAAC